CACGUCGUCACCAUCAUCGGCGACAUAAGUACUUUCAACGGACCAGACUCGAUCAGCAGCAUGGUGGCCACCAUCAAGACGGACAUCACCAAGCUACAGACGAGACCGGAAGCCGCUACAAAGACGUUCAAGAUGCCGCACUUCGACAUCAGCAAGUUCGACGAUUACAACAAGUCGGACGCYUUGUCAUGGUGGCAACGCUUCCUCACGGAAGCAUCAUGCCGCAUGGUCCCGGCGGACGACAUGUUGAAGGCACUAUAUCUGCAGCUGAUUGGAGCGCAGGGAUGGAUGAACCACCUAGCGGCUACACACAAGUGCACUAUCGCCGAACUCCACAUGCACAUUACGUGGAAGGAGUUCGAGCAGCUAUGGUUCACCAGAUUCAUGGUCCGCAACGUCGUGAAGAUGGCCAUGAACGAGGUCUACACAUGCUCUCAAGGGAACAUGCCAACGCGAGACUGGGCAUCAAAAUGGCAGAAGAUAGUGACCACGCCAGGCUUCGACUUGACGUUCCCUAAUCAACGAUCCGAGUUCUUCUCGAGAUUGUGCGCAGGAUUGCGGUCGGCACUCGGCAACGAGUACGACUAUACUACGUUCCAGAACGAACUUAGUCUUGGCCCGCGCGUUCGAAGGAAGACGCAACCUACGCAAGUUACACUCGCGGACGGCCGUACGCAAAAGUCAAUUGACCGAUGCGUUGACGGCGUUCCGAUCUACUUUGCGGCACUUGCGUGCGAGCCAGUGUCUUUCGACAUCCUCGACACCAAGUUCGACAUGAUUCUAGGCAUGUCUUGGUUGCGUAGCGCCGAUCAUCCAGUGAACUUCCAUGACCGAACCGUUCACAUCCGUGAUCGGAACGGAGUGUUAGUCCCAUGUACGGUCGCGACCCCUCACACUUCGAUUGCUUGUCACGUGGUUUCCGUUGCGAGAAUUCGCGACGCCAUUGCUCGAAAUGACAUCGAGGAGAUGGGCCUUGUAUUCUUGCAUGCUCUCCCCUCGCCGGGCGGACCAGCCGCGUCACCGCCGGACCCACACAUUUCUCACCUCUUGGACGAGUAUAGAGACGUCUUCGAGGCCCCCACCGGAACGGUUUCGGAUCGGCCCAUACGUCACGGGAUCACUCUCGAGGCUKGCGCCRUCCCUCCGCGUGGAUGUAUCUACCGCAUGAGCGAAGAGGAACUCGAGGUGCUUCGCGCACAACUCGAUGAUCUUCUCGACAAGGGCUGGAUUCGYCCUAGUUGCUCGCCAUACGGUGCACCUGUUCUCUUCGUCCGGAAGAAGAACAAAGAUCUACGGUUAUGCAUCGACUAUCGGAAACUUAACGCACAAACCGUAAAGAACGCCGGCCCUCUCCCUCGGAUUGAUCAUCUCCUUGAGCGGUUAGGCGGCGCGACGUACUUCUCGAAGUUGGAUCUGAAGUCAGGUUACCACCAGAUUGAAAUCCAGCCUCAAGACCGGUACAAGACCGCGUUCAAGACGCGGUAUGGGCAUUUUGAGUGGGUUGUCAUGCCAUUUGGCCUCACCAAUGCCCCCGCUACGUUUCAAGCAGCAAUGACGACUGAGUUUCGCGACUUGCUCGAUCGCAGCGUCCUCAUUUACCUUGAUGAUAUUUUGGUCUACAGUAGGACGUUGGACGAGCAUAUCAUACACCUUCGCGUUGUCUUGAAUCGUUUGCAACUAGCCAAGAACAAAGCGAAUCUCGACAAAUGCGAAUUCGCCAAGCAAGAGCUUGAGUAUUUGGGCCAUUUUGUCACGCCGAAAGGCAUUCGUCCCUUAGCGGACAAGAUCCAAGCCAUCGUGGAUUGGCCGGAACCCCGUUGCACGACGGAUGUACGCUCUUUCAUGGGAUUGGCUGGAUAUUAUCAGCGUUUCGUCGAGUCAUACUCGAAAGAUCAUAACACACCGCUGAUGAAUGUGUACUUCGAAAUUGGCCAGGAUCUAGAAUGGCACAUGAGUCCAGCCAGUGUUCGAGUUGCAUAAGAUUUUGAACUGAGCGGCAGCCGUUGCCUACAGACCGGACAGGACCGGUUCGGGUGCGGAUUGUGGAAGGACCACAUCCAAUU